CAUGCUGCGAAAUGUAAACAACAUCAGUAGAACGCGAAUUUUAACUAAGUUGCAAUGUCUGUUAUAACAUCUCGGCCUGCCAAUAUAUUUACAUCUAGUUCCAGGAGAAGACAGUGGCAAAUUGGUAGUCAAAGACAGCACAGUUUUUCAUUAGAUAUACCCCAAAAUAUAUACGAUAAUGAUAAACUUUCUCGUGGUUUAGACAGUGUGUGUUUUGACGAAGAACCACUGAGGUGCAGAGAAGAGGAUCGAAUAUUUUUGUAUUUGCCUAGAAAUCUGUCUUAUUGUGAAGUUUGUUCAGAUGUUAUACGAGACCAUGUUCAAAAGAAAGUAAGACUUUUAAGCAAUCGUUUGUGCCAGUAUGACGAUAUACCUCCAACGCCUGUGGAAAGCCGAAAGGUUUUUGGUUUGUGGGAAGAGAGUGAAGCUGAAGAGGAGUCUGGUCAAUGGGUCAAAAAAUCUUCAGAACAAGCUUCUGCAUGCUGUGCUGGGAAAGAAAGAUGCCAGUCUAUAAACUGUAUGCCAACACGUACUCAACCAAUUCUGAAGAAGAAAAGAGCUAUUUCAUUUCCUGCACCACGUAAAGAAGGUAAAAAGGUUGUCAGAUUUGCUGAUGCUCUUGGCCUAGAAUUAGAAUCUAUCCGCUAUCUGGUUCAGAAAGAUUUACCAAAAAUUGUGCCAUCUGGUUCUGAAUUACAUUCAGAAACUAGUCAGAACCAGUCAUCAAAGCCAAAAUGUGGAGGUAAGAAAAUUCAAUUAGUUCCUGCUUUCCUUGCUCCAUCUCUGAGUUCUUUGUUCAUUGAACGGUUACGGAAGUUAAAGGUUUCAUUACACAGUGUCAGCACAGCAGACAGUACUGUCUAUGGAAUCAUAAGUGUGAUAAAUUUGACAUUUCACAAAACAGUAUUUGUGAGAUAUACAGCAAAUGGGUGGAUGAGUUAUCAUGAUGAACUUGCAUUUUAUUUAGAAGGUUCAAGUGAUGAAGACAGUGAUAAAUUUACAUUUACCUUAUUUUGCAGUCCAUCUGAUCUGUGCACAAGAGGUCACUCAUUAUUUUUUGCUGUGUGCUACGAGACUCCAGAUGGUCAAACAUUCUGGGAUAAUAACGAAGGAAAAAAUUACUGUAUUAAAUGUGAAACAAGAGAAAUACCGGUUGUUGGUAACCACAGUUGGGUUCACUUUCUUUAAUAUCGAACAACAGCUGUUAUGUUUAAUGCUUGAAUGUUUGUAUAUUAAAAAUUUAAGUUUAAAUAUUUAUGUAUAGGCAGGUAGGUUUCUAUUUGUAAACUAUUUUGGAAUUGAUACUCUAUUUGUGGAAUUAGCACAUAGUUCAUAAGUUUUGGAAAUGUCACCUCGGACACUAAUAUUAGGGUUCUGAUUCAUAAGUUGAUAUCAUUAUGAAGGUAUAUAUAUUAUCCCCUCUUUUGUGAGUUAUUCAUUUAGGAAUGUGUUAUUAAACAGGCUAAUCUAUGGAUGUAAUAUAGUGCUAAUGCAAAUAUUUUAUGUUGAAAUGUUUUAUAUUUUAAUUAUUAUGCACAAUAUAAAAAAAGUAUAUUUUUUAUUAUUUUGAGAAAGCUAGUAAUUUAAAUAAUGUGUCUAAUUAAAUAAAACAUUCAAGGUGUUAAUGAAGACAAAUCUAGAUUUUAAUCAGCAAAUAUAGUGAUUAAAUUCAGAUAUUUUUAUAGCCUAAUUUGGUACUUUGUUACAGCGGCCCUCAACCAUAUUUGCCAUUUUAGAUUUGUGCCUAUGUUACAGGGUAUAAGAAUAUGCAGGUGCUAAUGUACGAUCACAGGGUGAGGUAUAAGAACAUGCCAGAUUUUGACAAGAUAUAUCAGCUAUUCAAUCUCAGGGGUUGCUAUAACGAAGUACCCCUAAUUUUAUAUCUUAUAUAAACCAAGUGGCUAAAUUUAUUAUUUAAUGAAUAUAAGAAGAAAAAUUUAUAUUAAAAUGUGUUAAUAAAAAUAGAGAUUACAGUUAUAUUAAUAGAAAUGAAAUGCUUUUAAAGUAUAUUAACA